AUGUCUACUCAUUCACUCGGAGCAGCUCCACCGUUUCAAACCCAAUUCCACCUUCCGGUCAAAAACGCCGCCGUUCCGAGAUUCAAAACCGCCCCCAACUCUCCUCAACUCUCCCUCACCCAAAUUCUUAAACCCCGCCACGCAAUAAGGGCAGUCUCCAUCGAUGAAAUUCCCCCAAAUGCCCUCCGCCGGAAGCGCGACUCCAACUGGAGAGGCGGCUUCAGCGUAGGGGUAGACUUGGGAUUGUCCCGCACUGGCCUCGCCCUCAGCAAAGGCUUCUCCGUUCGUCCCCUCACCGUGUUGAAUUUGAGAGGGCAAAAGCUUGAGGUUCAGCUGCUGGAGAUAGCAAAGCAACAGGAGGCAGAUGAGUUUAUAAUCGGGCUUCCGAGAUCGAGUGAUGGGAAGGAGACACCUCAGUCUAACAAAGUUCGGAGUGUCGCGGGGAGGCUUGCUGCUAGUGCUGCUGAGAGGGGUUGGAGAGUAUACCUGCAGGAUGAAAAUGGGACAUCCAUCGAAGCCAUGGAUCGAAUGAUUAACAUGGGCCUCAGCAGGUCAGAUCGUCAAAGCCAAAUUGAUGCCUACGCUGCCAUGAUGGUGCUGGAGCGAUAUUUUUCCAUGUCAGGUGAAGGUAUUGAGCUUGUACUGCCCAAGAAUUUGGAUCUGCAAGAAAGACUUAGAAGAGGUCCACCGAAAGACGUUGAUUAUUUCUCUGAAGACGAUGAGGAUUGA